UUAUGGUGUCUGUGUGUCUGUGAGUGGGUAUGUGCAUGUGAUGCCCGCAGAGGCAAAAAGUGUGGGAUCCCACUGAAGCUAGUUACAGUCAGAGGUCAGCCCCCUGAUGGGAGUGUUCAGGCCCUGGGCAAGAGGAAUAUGCACUCUUAACCACUGAGCCAUCUCCCCAGCCCCUGGACAGCUGUUCUUGUCUCUUCUGUGAGUUUGCCCUGAAGAAUGGGGUACAGCUGCUCUCAGAUAGUACUCUUUAGGCUGGAUCAUACCCUUUUGGAGGUAAUAAUGUGGCAGAACUUGGGUUGUGGGAGACUCUGGUUCCUCUGGAUCAAACUGCAGCUAUCGUGGUGGCAGCAAAGACUGAAAGUGUCCAAAGUCUUUGGAAUAUUUUGAAGGGGGCAGCAUUGGAGAGAGGGAAUAGGUGGGGGUGGGGUGGGAACUGCAUUUGUAAAUAGGGAUGAGAUUACUUCUUUUGGUCCUCAUACCUGAAUUCAUCAGGUUAGAUCACUAGGUUUUGGCUUUGGCUUUUCAUUUUUGUUAACACAGGGAGGAAUCUUGUCUCUUGAACAAGCCAGAAAUGUCUGGGGAGUGAGCAGCCCAGGGAAUCCAGUACUUCUAGAAAACUGCUCAAAACACUGGUUUCACGCUCUUGGGUCAGCGAACCAAGUGUGUGAUUUGGGGUUUCGUUGGAAUCAUUUGCUACGGAUGUAAUUUUCACAGGCCUCUUGAAAUACCCUUGUAGACACAAAGAUAGAAUGAAGGUGGGUUGGGAGCUCGAUUAGGUCAGUGGAGGUUUCCGGGAGCCGCCCUUUGGGGACGAGGCGCUUCCCCCCCACUCUACAGAGGGCGCUGUGGGCACCUCCGCCACACGGGUCCGCAGCAUCCCUGGGGAGGAGCCUCUCCUGUAGCCGCCGCCGCCUCCGCGAUCGCAAACCCGGAAGAAGCCUCCGGUAGCUGGACUGUGCCGGCCGGCCUGGCACUGCCAUGCAUUCCAUGGAGGUAGGUCUGGUUCCCGCUCCAGCGAGGGAACCGAGACUGACCCGCUGGCUGCGGAGAGGCAGUGGGAUCUUGGCGCACCUGAUAGCUUUGGGCUUCACCAUCUUUCUGACAGUGCUGUCCCGGCCCGGAACCAGUCUUUUCUCCUGGCACCCUGUGUUCAUGGCCUUGGCGUUCUGUCUCUGCAUGGCUGAAGCGAUCCUACUCUUCUCACCUGAGCACUCCCUGUUUUUCUUCUGCUCUCGAAAGACCCGGAUUCGACUCCACUGGGCAGGGCAGACCAUGGCCAUCCUCUGUGCUGCCGUAGGCUUGGGCUUCAUCAUUUCCAGCAAGGUCCGAAGUGAGCUGUCCCAUCUGGUGUCCUGGCACAGCUGGAUGGGAGCCCUGACACUGUUGGCCACUGGAGGACAGGCACUGUGUGGGCUCGGCCUCCUCUGUCCACGAGCAGCCCGGGUCUCAAGGGUGGCUCGCCUCAAGCUCUACCAUAUGACAUGUGGCCUGGUUGUCUACCUGAUGGCUACAGUAACGGUGCUCUUGGGCAUGUACUCAGUGUGGUUCCAGGCUCAGAUCAAAGGUGCAGCCUGGUACCUGUGCCUGGUACUACCAUUGUACCCAGCCCUGGUGAUCAUGCACCAGAUCUCCAGCUCCUACUUGCCAAGGAAGAAAGUGGAUAUAUGAAUGCCUCCAAACUCUGAAUCUAGGUGGGAUGCUUGCCUUGGAUUUCAAGGAUCUUGGUGAUCUUCACAGGACCCACUUCAGAAGUAGAUGAAUUUUUGCACUUCAUGGCUGAGCCACAUCGUGCAGAAACCCUAGCUGCUACUGUUUGAGGCAUGAUCCAGUAGGCUCAAAUAGGGAAAUGUCCUACUGUGUGCACGUGGAAGGUUAUGGAGAACCUGAAGCCUCACUCUUGAUGAGAGACAGAAGUAUUAGGUGGUGGUGGUGGUGGUAGUGGUGGUGGUGGCGAUUUCUUGCUUGUGUGCCUGAUGAAGAGUUCUUUUAAAUUAUGAAUGGCAGCCACAGAUACUGGGGUCCCUGUCGAGAAAGCAGUGCUAUGGAGAGCCCAUGAUCUCUUAGGCAGUGUACGAUCAACCUUAGACAAGUUCCACGUGUCAGGACCUCAGUCUUUGCAUCUGAAAGUCCCUUAUCUUUAACAUUGGUGUCUGACAGAUUGAUGUCGAUGAUAUCCUCUUAGCUCUGGACCAUGUGGGCAGCUUAGGGUGUAAUUCUUUCAUCCACUCUCCCUUUACUCCCCUGGAAGGACCCUUCAGAAAUCAUGCUGACUUGGCUCCUGAACCAAGAAACAAGGGCCACGAACUAUGGAAGAAGGAACCCAGGUGAGGGUCUCCUGGACAGUAAGGCAGUAAAGGCACUAAAGUCACUUUAAAGCUCUCUGGAGGAACUGAAGGCAUUGGCCUCACCAAGCUCUUUACUCUCGGGCUCCUUAGCUGAGCUAAGACCUCUCUUCAGGCUACCUCUGGGUAUCUCCUGACGUUCAUUCUCAGGGCAGAGUGGCCCUGGGCAUCUUACACUUUGCCCUUAGGGCUUAAAGAGUGUUUACUCAGCACAUCGCUCCGUGGAACUAUUCUGAAGCUUUUACAACAAAAUAAAAACCAAAGGAGUUGGCACCUCUCGACCUAAGGAAAA